AUGGCAUGAGUUGAAAUUGAGAUGCAACAGAACUCUAUUGACGAAGCAGCCUUCGACCAGCCAGUUCAGAGAGAGCAGAGGAGUAGUGGAAUUGGGGAAAUAGGCUAUAUACAAGCUGUAGGGGAUAUAUUAAGAUACGGCGCACCUUCUUGUGGCGCCAUGGUCUUGCGUAGAGCAGUGGAUAUCGUGAAUUAUGUGGUCAUCGGCCAGUUAGGAGAUCCAACACUGAUCUCUGGAGCUGGCCUUGGCAUGACCUGUGUUACAAUCACUACCUUUUCAUUAGCUAUUGGAUUAUCAGGAGGAGUAGAAACUUUAUCUCCACAAGCCUUUGGACAUGGGAAGAAUUAUUUAGCGUGCUGAUAUUAUAACAGAGCUCAAGUGAUUCUUCUAAUAAUAUUCAUUCCUCAGGCGAUUUUGUUAUAUUUUGCUACCCCAAUUUUGAUUUCCCUCGGUCAACCAGUUGGGUCAGCAGAAUAUGCUGGAACAUACAUCAGAAUUCUUCUACCUGGGAUUUGGGGUUAUUGCCAGACAGAGUUAUUGAGGAGAUAUCUUGGAACACAAGGGAUUUUCAACAUUCUUACUGUAACUCAGAUAAUAAACUGAGGUUUGCAUCUUUUAUGGCUUUAUCUCUUUGUACAUGUUUUAGACUUAUCCGUCAACGGAGUUGCUAUUUCAGCAUGAAUAACUUAUGUGCUAUACUACGUUAUCCCUGUUUGAUAUAUCCAGCUUAAUCAAGACAUGUUGAAGGAGGACAGUUGGCAUUUUAUCAACAAAGAUUCUUUUAAGGAUCUUUGGGGAUAUCUCAAAUUUGCACUACCAGUCUUAGUAAUCGUUGCCUUCGAGUACUGGAUCUUCGAAGUCAUUGCUAUAAUUUCAGGCCUUGUUGGGGAACUCGAGUUAGGAGCAACAAUUAUUCUCUUUAUCGUUAUCGCAAGUCUUUUUAACAUUCCUUAUGGGUUAGGAAUAGCUACUAAUACGCUUGUAGGGAAUUCCUUAGGGAGUAUGAAGCCAAACAAUGCUAGGAUUUACAUCAGAGUUUCAUUGAUAAUUUCUAUUUUGUGACCCCUCAUACUUGGAGGAGGAGUCUAUCUUUUCAGAUACCAAAUAACUGAUUUGUUCACGAAGGAUAAAGAAUUAGCUGAAGUAAUAGAGCACUCUAUGCUCAUGGUAUUCUUUAUUGCUUUCGGUGAUCAUAUGAGUGGAGUUGCCCAAGGACCUCUCAAAGCACUGGGAAAGCAAAAGUAUGCAUCUCCUAUUUCAAUAAUUGGAAACUGAGGACUAGCUAUUCCUCUAACAUAUAUGUUCACAUUCAAGCUUGAUUAUGGCAUCAGAGGUAUCUGGGGAGGAAUUCCUAUAGGCUUUUUUUUCGUUGCUGUCUGAUUUUAUACUAUAAUUUUCACCACAAACCUUGAGUCUGUAUGACAAGAGAUCAGAGAAAGAUUAGGAAAGGAGGAAGGAAGCCCUCGCUCUAAGGUUUCACCUCUACUUGAGAGCAAUGAAUCCUUGUUAAAGUAG